AUGGCUUCGCGUUUUUCAACCCCCGUUCUGACGGUGGAUACGGCCAAGAUCCAUAAGGUCGACACAGCCAAUGCGCAAAGUCUUCAUGGCAUGUGGAUGGUCUUUUCAAAAUGUGCCGACUAUAUGGAGGAAGGCCGACGUCUAGAAAACCUGAGCUGGCGACUCUGGACACGUGAGACCUUCUGUGUGGAGCCGGAGACCUCCAGCACUACCUCGGUUUUGCCACUUCUUCGUUCCGAAGCUGGGGAUUUGCCAGAACUUUCCGCGAGUGUCGAAUCGGCGGCGUCGGAGCAGGCUGAGCGGAUAGAGCAUCACAUUAAACGCCCGAAGUGCUUGGACUAUAAGCCGGCGGUGGUGCGUGAGGAUUCUAUGGCCAGCCUCGCUCGCGGAAAGGAAAAGCAUAUUACAUCUCUAGGUUUGGAACGGAUGGUGCUGAACAUUAAGGAGAAGAAACACCUUGAACCCAUCUCCACCGUCAUGUCGACAGUCGAGCCCCCUGUCGUCGAUAUCACACCACGUCCUUCGACCCCUACUCCCGCCACCCCUCCUUCUGUCUCUACUGCGAGGCGGACGCCAACCCCGCCUCCGUACCCUCUCAGCCAACAACCUAAUCAGUCCACUGAGUCUUGCUCAACUACUGCGCCCGAAUGCAAUGACAGCGAUAACAAUGGCAAUACCGCCGGGUCUGAUACUAGCGUUUCUUCGUCCGGCAUUCUUACCCGAUCCGAAUUGAUCAAGUCGCCAAGCAUCGUCCGCGGAUUCUCUCCCUCUGUCAUCUCUUCGUCAUACCGGUCGCAACCUAGAUUGGCUGCCGAACCUGGCCCGGCCAAACCUCCAGCACAGCUCAAGCCCACUCCCUUCAAGAAGAAGGGCGGCAUGUUCACUCUGGGAGGCUCGUCGGGUGACGACGAUGAAAGCUCUUUCGAGGAUCGCAUGGCAAUGCAAGGGCCCCAUCGCAGUUCUCUUUCGGAUGAAUUGAGCAAACCUUCGGCUAGUGGCCAGGAUCUCAGGAAAAAGGUGGCUUCCUUCAGGGACCAGAAUGAAAUCAUCAAGCCCAUCCGUGAACGUGCUAUGGAUAACGAAGAUGCCGUCGAGACGGACGAUGAGGUUUCUGAGAGUGCUAUCGAGGACUCGGAUUCGGACUGGGAAGAUUCGAUCACGGAAAGCGGCCGAUCCAGUGUUGAGGAGAAGGAACUCUUCCAGCGUGUGGAUUCCCGGCCCAACCUUGUUUCGCGUCGCUCCCUUCUUACCAUGAUGAUGCAUCAGCCAACUAAGAUGGGAGCUCCGACCCGGUCUAGUCCAGCCCUCCAACGCUCGCGUCUCACUUCCCCCAACGGUCCCUCGAUCCCUGCAUCGCCGCCUGAGGACGAUGAUGAGAACCUGACGAUGCGUGGUCCCGACGUGCCUCGUUCGAAGCCCAUCAUCAUGAAGCCCGCCCCGCAGUCUGUUGCCCACUCCCCACGUACAACUCGUCGCAACAUGCUCGCUACUGAAUUGACCGAGUCUCUCCGCCGACACUUGUUGUGGGAACGUCAACAGAAGAGUGCGACUGCCAACGCGUUCCUGAAGCGCAGACAUACGGCACAUGACAUGGCCAAUCUACAAGAAUACCCUGGACCGAAGGGAUCUAAGGGACAGCCAGCCGGCCAGGCCGGUGGUGCUGCAACCAAGGCUACCAGUCAGGGUAAGGACAAAACCGGAUCCUUUACUCAUUACACCGACUUUGGACCUUGGGAAUAUCAUGUGAAGGGGUGGUGA